AGGCGGGGCUUCCGGCGAAGUUACUUCCUUGUUGCUAACGCUUGUCGGCCGUGCCUGUGCCGCUAAAAAUCGCUAAUGCUAAGUCGGAAAUAAGUCGAGUUAUUUUCUAGCUGUACGCACGACAAGAUAACCGCUGUCAGGUCGUCGCUCCAUUGUGCGAUCGGUCUGUUGCGAUGGGUUUGUUGACAAUUCUCAAGAAAAUGAAGCAGAAGGAGCGGGAGAUGAGACUGCUGAUGCUAGGUCUGGACAACGCAGGGAAGACAACCAUCCUGAAGAAGUUCAACGGAGAAGACAUCAGCACCAUCUCUCCAACACUGGGUUUCAACAUCAAAACCCUGGAACACAGAGGAUUCAAAUUGAAUAUUUGGGACGUUGGAGGUCAAAAGUCUUUGCGUUCCUAUUGGAGGAACUACUUUGAGAGUACAGAUGGGCUGGUGUGGGUGGUGGACAGCGCAGACAGACUGAGACUGGAGGAUUGUAGGCAAGAGCUCAGCACAUUGCUGCUAGAGGAGAGGUUAUCUGGUGCUACUCUCCUGGUGUUCGCCAACAAACAGGACCUACCCGGAGCUCUGUCUAAAGAGGCUAUACGAAAGGCGUUGUCGCUGGAUGAGAUAAAGAGCCACCACUGGUGUAUCAUUGGGUGCAGUGCUGUAACAGGAGAGAACCUGCUGGCUGGAGUGGACUGGCUUUUAGAUGAUAUCGCCGCAAGGGUCUUCACCACUGACUGAGAGACUAACAGAGGGUGACCGUGUGUGUGUUGUGUGUGUGUGUGUGUGUCCCACCUUUAAGUAACAAAGCUGGCCCAAUGGUCUCUAAGUGGAAGAUAAACAUGAUGUUAGUUGUUGGAGGUUACAACCGUUAUAACGUUCGUGUUUGGCAGCGGUCUCUGUAUGACAUGGCGUGUAGAGCCUCAAUUCCAGCCAAACGCUAUAAGACAAGAAUCACUGAUUAACACACUUUCAAUAAGGGGGAGAGGGGGAUUGGUGAUCGACUGGUGAAUUAAAUCAUUUUUAGUGUGGUGUUUGUUGUGAUAACCUGCAACCUCCUGACUCUUCAGAGCACGUUCUGCCAGUUCUGACCUAAUUCAAGUCCCCCCCCCCCCCCCAAAAAAAGCUUGUUAAACAUGACCAGACGUCGGGACCAUCAACGAGAGCUGGCUAGAUCUUGUUCUUUGUGCCAUCACUGGCUGUGAUUCACCACAUCUCCAUCCACAAGUACUGCAGCACAAAGGCGUCACGCAAGUCACCGGGGACGUUCUUGUUGCAACGCUUUCGUGCAUGUUUGCUCAUCUCCUCUUGUUGGACUCGGAGACCGAUGCCUGAUUUUUAAAGGUGGUGGCAGUCGUGUUGCAUAGCAACAAGAUGCAGCCAAUGGAGAUGUGAUCCUGGUGUCCGAUGCUGAGUUAGGGGGUAUCUUAACAAGAGUGUGGGACUGAUAUCGCUAUUUUAAGUUGAAAUGAAAACCAAAAUUUUUUUUGUUCGUUAGUCUGCAACCACACACAGAACACUAACG